GCGAGGGAAAGGGUGACUGGCGGACCCGGCUGUGGCGAUCCGAAGUCGCGGAUUCGGCACGCCGCGGUGUACCGAUCGUAAUAUGGCGUACAAGUUUCGCGAGGAGAUCGUGGGAAAGAGGUUCCUCUCGGUGAGUGGUUUCACCAAGCUGAAGGUGAAUAAGAUUAGUGAGUGGGGUUGGCGUGCGGGAGUGAUACGUGCUGCCAGUCACAGGGAUAACGGCUGUCAUGAUCUUCAGAUUCUCGUAGAGUACGACGACGUGGAGUGGCAAAGGAGGGAGUGGCUGUCGCCUCACAGGGAUGCCGUGUUCUCCUUCUUUCUCAUUGAACGAGGUCUCUAUUGGGCCGAACGACCUGACCCCAGACACGCCAGUCUCAUCCCCAUCGAUCAUCACAAUCACGCGAACAAUAACCACCAUCAGCACCGCAUUAACGGGAAACCGCUCAGAGGCGCCACGGCAGUCGCCGACACCAUUGCCUGGCCAGCUCUUACUUUCUAUCCUCUCGUGGCACGCGCUGAGCUGCACGAAGACGCCAUGCCGAUCGAGUUUAUGCAAGAUCGCAAACUGGACUUUGUCGACUACUCGAAGCUGAAGCCAUUCACCCAGGACUGGGAGCUGACUAAGGGAACGAUGCCCUGGGGAAACGCCGUUAGGAGAUGGGCCGAGAUGCAGGACGGUCAGAGGAUCCUGCUGACUACGCCUAGCGUUCUCGUCGGUUUCAGGGUCGAAGUUUAUCGGGCGGAAGGCACCACGCAGUGGUACACAGCCGUGAUCGUCGGUUAUAACGAGUCCACUAAGGAUUUAACUGUCACCGAUGACACAGUCCUCGAAGAUCACAACGAGGAUCCUACUUUAGUACAAAUGCGACUGAUAGGCGAUGGGGUCGUCGAGAGCAUCAUGAGGGGCGAGGUCGUCGGCAUGACACCGAGGAGGUCGAGGUCAUCGACUGCUCUGACGCACGCGCUUGUGGUGCCCCGACCUGGAAGAAGGCCUCGAAGACGACCGGGAAACGCGGCGCAGUUACAGGCAACUCCGAGGGUACAAAGUCCGAUAUCUCAGCAUCUCGAAAAAGGUAAGAGGACAUUUCCUGCGGUUUAUCCUGUUGAUCGUAGCCGCGAAUUCAAAUCAUCGAAUCAGAAGAAUAACGCUCGUAACAACCGACGUCGACGUGUGAGCGAAGGUGCUAGUCGCGAGAAGAGCGAAAAGGAUUCGACAGAAGCAGCGGCGUUAUCCACGCGGCAGCAGGAAGAUCGAGAGAAUAAAGGUCCGCCAUCUGGCAAGGUCAGCAACCGUGUAGCACGGCCGGUGUUGGAAGAGGCGAAUAGCGCGUCUGGGAGCGCCUCGAAGCUACGAAGACGCGGCGCCGCGGUAAAGAGUCCAACCGCCGACCAUCAGGCUCCGGCCCAGCAUCAGAGACCGGUGCGAAGAAGGCCGAGGGGGCCAGGGAGCGGCCAAGAGGUCAAGCCAGGCGCGGAGGAGGAGUCUGUCGAGCACCACCAUUAUCAUCGUACCGGAAGCGGCGCGAAAGCCGACAAGGACGAACGUCUCGGUAGCAGAUCUGAGGAGGAGGAGGAGGAGGAGGAAGAGCGAGCUCUCGAAAGGGAGAAUGAGGAGGAGAGUCCGGAACGUUGCGAUCCAUUGACUAAGCGGCUAAGAACAAGCCCCGUCGGCAGAAAGCUCCGAUCCGAGAGUAGUAAGAGUAAAAACGUCGAGGAAGCUGCAGCGGAUCGGACCGGGGAGGUGGUGGUGGUGGAGGAGGACGAGGAGGAGAACGGCAACGACGACGACGACGCCGACGAGAAAGCCGGUGUGGAAAAACACGACGGGGCUGAACGGGAGGUCGACAAACUCGAGGAGAACGAAGAGAGCCAGUCUAGGGAACGGGACAGAGAACCCGAGCCGCCACCUCCGGAUAAAGUCGAUCCCGGGGGCAGUCCAGCUUCCAAGGAACAACAGCCAGAUAACAAGCCAGAAUCGAGAAAGGACGCUCGCGCGACCGAUCAGAGCACAGAUAAGAUCGGCGAGUGCAAGGAACAACGACAACAAAAACAGCAGCCACCGCAGUUACUCGUGAAUGGAUUGCACGUCGAUUCGCCGCUGGUCAGCGACAAGACGAAUGUCAUCCGCGAGGACAGCCCGUCGCUGCUGAAGUCGACGACUCGAUCCAAGACAAAGGGUUUCGCUGAAGAAGACGGAGAGGAAGCAGCAGCAGCGGCGGCGGCGGCGGCGGCGGCGGCGGAGGACGAGCGCGACGAGAACGCCAGCGAGGAGGAGGUGGGCUCGCAGCGGUCGCGCCGAACGGAGCUGACCACCACCGAGUUAGGCACGGAGGAUAGCGUGGGUAGCGUCGGCGGCGUGAGGGCGGCCAGCGUCGAAUCGGUCGUCGAAUUACUGGAGUCGAGCAGUCAAGACUCAGGCUCCGUGCUGGAGAGGCUGAGUCCGCUUAGUAGCAGCGGCGGCGGCGGCCCCGGCAGGCAGAGCAGCCUGCUCCUGGAACAGCAGCGGGAGCAGGAACGCAGUCGGCACAACGAGAGCCCGAUCAUCCUUGCCGAGAGACUGAACAAGCCGCCACCGCCGAUCGCCGGUCACCAUCAUCACCAUCAUCUACAGCCGUACCAUCAGCCACAUCAUCAGCAACAACAACAACAACAGUAUCAUCAUCAUCACCAUCAGCAGCGUUAUUCCGCCAGCAGUCCGGUGAUUCACCAUCAUCACCAACAGCAGCAACCGCCGUCGCAGCAUCAUCAUCAUCAUCAUCAUCAUCAUCAUCAGUUAACGAGCAGUUCGCAUCAACACCAUCAUCAUCCCACCGCCCACUUGACCCCGUCGAGCCUCCUCGAGGUGCAACAACAGUCUCACACAUCGAGGGGUGGCGAUGAGGCCGGCGGCGGCCUCAUGGAGGUGGAGGCCGGGGCCGGUAUAUCUGGUGCGGGCGUACUCGCUGGUGUGUCCACAGCGAUCGGCGGCAUACGGGCGUCGGGAGGCAGCAACAGCAGCGGCGUCGCCGCUACUUACGGCGAUAGCGGCUCCGACAGCGGGGUAAGCUCGCUGAGAAGCGCGGGCUCCGGUGACGAGAGAAGCGGCAGCAGAAGCUCGGCGCUUAGCGUCGAGGAGACGACGUCGUCCUCGACACCAUCGGCAGCGGCGAUAGCCACAGCUGCCGCCACACCGGCUAGAGUCUGGCACGUGCAAAGUAUACAGCACACCACUUUGCUGAUGGCGCAUCCUCAAGGUGCGCCAAACGCCGCGAACGCCGCAGCCACGGCGCCGCCGGUUAGCUACCAGAGCCCGGUGCCUCCGGGGCCUCAUCACACCGUCGCGUCCGAGAUGCUCUGGAGGCCUAUCCAAUCCAGGACCUACCCACCGUUAUCGCAUACCCUCCUGGGACCGCAGCAACCCAGCCCGGAGGAGAUGCUCGAGAGGGACCGCCACGAGAGGAUGCUACGGGAACGCCGCGAAGCGGACGUGCGCGAAUUGGAGAAGGCCAAGAUAGAACAGCUUGAGAAACAGAGGGCUGCUGAACAGGCGGCCGCUGCAGUACACAAGCACUUUGAGGAGUCCUUUAGGGUGGCAAAACAAAAGGUACCUUAUGUCCCGCAGAAAAAUAUGCAGUCUUCGCUACCAUCAUGGAGUAAUUUCUUGCCGGUCGUCCCGCCGCCGACGCAUCCGUCAAGCAGGACCCACGGGGCGCCGCCGGGAUUGGCAGCGCACGCCGCUGCAAGUCAUCGCGGUCAUCCUGGUCAUCUCGGCGGUACACCUGGCGGAGCGCCCGCCGCCGCCGUCACCACGCAUCCCGUAAACGUGGUGCAGCAGCAGCGGGAGCGCGAGGAAUACGAAAAGACCGCGCGAGAGAUGAGAGAAAUCCGUGAGCGAGAGAAUCUGGCAGCUGAAAGGCAAGUCCAGCGUCAGGUCGAUGCAACAAGGGAUCACAUCGCCGCGCAACAAAGAGCCGCUUACUACGCGGCUACGGCGUCGCCGGCUCAACAGGUCUCUCGACCUUUGAGCGUGCCCGGAAAAGUCGAGUAUCCGCCUCCGCCGGCGCACACGCGGACGUCGAAAUCAUCGUUGCCAGUCGGUGCUCUUCACGAGAAACCGUCGGUAGUGGGCCCGUCGCUACCGAAAGCCGAGCCGAACGUGAAUCUAUUCAAUUAUUCAUCGACGUAUCAACCGUCCUGUCCGCCGUACCUACACGACCUCAAGAUUCAGAACGAGCUACGGCAGCCGCCACCAAAGUCUCUGCCGGGGAAGAGCGGGAUGGCCGGCGAUCUCGAUAGGGACCAUCACGGUAGAGAGGUGCUGCAGAAUCCACCGUCUCUGCUAUCGGAUCAUAAAAGCUCGGUGAUUGUGAAGAACGAGGGCAGGGAGUUGGCGAAAGCACCGACACCGCAACAGCACUCGUCCAGCUCGAGAGGUUACUUGAGCCUCCAAUCGGUGGCGCCGCAACAUAAGUCAUCGGCGUACGAGGCGUACAGGAGUCCGACGCAGAGCCCUCAUCAUCUGCAUCCUGCGCACUUGGACGGUCUACAGGCGGCGAAGAGCAUCGCUUCAUCGGGCAGCCAUCACCGGGGUAGUAGCGGCGCACCGACGAUGACGACGCAGCAACUGCCGAGUCCGCAUGGCCAUGCACCACCGCCCCCGGCGCCACCUGAACCGCGUCUGCAUCCACAUAAUCCUCGUCAGUCUCCACAUGCUCCGCCGCCGCAGCAUCCACAUCAACCGCCCCCGCCACCGCAUCCCUCGCCACCUGAACCGCGCUAUCUUAACAGGCCGGAACCAGCGGGUCUGCCGUACGGCGCAGCCAAGUCUACGUAUUCAUAUCCACAUCCGCCCACGGCCUCGCCGACGCCCUCGUCACAUUACGCCACGCCGCCGCCAGCCGGCUCCAAGCCGAAAGUCAGCAGCCCGGCGCCGCCGCACAUUUACGGCAAGCCUAAUUCUGGUAUUAUGACCGGUACGCCGGUCUGCCGUGCCUCCGAGCCGCCCGUCGCCGCGCCGAUACCGUUGACCUCGAAGGCCGGCAGCUCGCCUUACCAGCAAGUGCCUCAUCAUCACGGGGCGCCACCGCCGCCGCUGCCACCGCCCGCGCAUAGCCGGGUUUAUGACAGUCGUUUCGUUAGCUCGUUGGCGAGCGCGAAACUGCCGCCGCCGCCGUUGCAUGGUUCGCCACCAACGGCUGCCUCGGCGCCGCUUUCGAGGCCGAUUGCCCAUCCCGCUCAUCCUGCGCAUCUCAGCGCUAGUCCGCACCAGCAGCCUGGUCAGACGCUGCAGCACGCGCAGUCCCAGAUCACUACGGCCUUCCAGACGCAACCGCUCGAUCUCGGUGUAGAGAGGUCGACCUCACCCAAGAGAAAAGCGCCGACGCCAUUGUUAUGCGACAAUGCCAGUGGUCAGCCGGUCUCGUUGGAAAUUUGUAAGAAGAGAAGAACUGAGGAACCGCAACCAUUGUCCUUGCAGUGCGUCGGCCAACCUGUUCUAUCUAGGGUGAGCGAGCCUAGUCCGCUCAUUGCUUCGGCCGCCACGUCCAUCACCACGGUUGUCAACACCGCGGCGUUGUUGGCACAGUCGAACAGUCAAACGACGCAAGAGCAACGCACGGUGACGGCAGUGAGUCCGGCGCCGGGUACCGCCAGCGGCGAUGGCUCCACGCGACCAGCCAGCACCGGCAGCGUGUGCUCACUGAAUCCAGCGCCAUUGAGCGCGGCACCGAGCCCAGCACCCAUACCCAGUCCGGCGCCAUCCACAGCGCCCAGCCCAGCGCCCAGCGCGCCCGGUACUCCCGCCAAAGUAAACCCUAGCACAGGCGCGGACAGCGAAAAGUCCAACAGUCCGGCGCCGAGACCACCCAGCAGUACUAGCUACCCGGGGCAUAAGUUGAAGAAGGCAUGGCUGCAGAGACACUCGAGAUGCGAGGACGGCACCGAGAAUACCACCAAUAUGGUCAGCAGUGUCACGUUACCAUUGAAUAUCUCUCGAGAGACGCCAUCGUCAAACAGCAAGGAUCGCGACAGUAGCAACGCGUCGAAUGUGAAUGCGAACAACAGCAGUGCACCGACCACUUGCUUACCCAGCGCGGUCAAUUCGAUUCACAAUAUUGGCAGCAUGGCAGUGAACAGCAUCAAUAAGAGCAAGGUCACCGGUAAGAGCGGCCGGAAACCGGCGAAUAAAGAGUCAUUGAAUGGUCAUGCUACGGAUACCAGCAAGACCCCACAGGAAGACUCGUCCAGCAGCGACCCGGAGAGGAAGUCGCCGCCCAAACGAAAGCCACCCAAGGUAAAACGAAAGAAGGGCGCCGCACGAAGGCAACAAACGGCCGCGGAAGAUCAGCGGAGACGAAAAGAGGAGAAACAAGGCGGCGGAGCUGCUGCAGGCAGUGAAUCUAGCAACGAGAGUGAGGCGGGUUCUGCCAGUGACACCAGUGAGCAGUUGAGCACCAUUCAACCUGCUUCGAGGGUUCGACAUACUACGGCCAAUUCCAACAAUUCCUCGGGAAACGGAAAUAACAAGGAACCUAGGAAACGUGGUAGAAGACCAAAGACUACGAAAGGCAAUGAGGUCGGAAGCGAAGAUCAACAGCCUCGUCAGAAGAAGGAACGUAGAGACGACAGUACGAGUGGUAACAAUGGGCCGGGCGGAAGUGGCGGACGAGGCGAUCCCUUUCGUAAACCACCGAUAUCGCAGUUGAAAAAAACUGGAGAGAGUUGGCUACAGGAUGGCGCUUGUUUUGAGGUGGCUCCAAAGCUGGCCAAGUGCCGCGAGUGCCGAUGGACGCCGCAUCAGCGCUCCAAGAACCUUCCUCAAAAUAUCUUCUGCAGAUUUUACGCGUUUCGCAGACUGCGUUAUACCAAAAAUGGACAAUUGGCUAUAGCGGGAUUUAGUGAUCCACACAAGGAUGCAUCCGAGGAAGAUCUUCGAUUAUGGUUACCAGGAAAGGACAAUCAAGAGACAACAGGAAAGGAUGACAAAGUCGAGAAAAACGAGAAAGACAAAGGGGACCGAGAAGACUUAGAUUUAGAAACGGCUCAUCGGCUGCUUCGACAAGUUGGUGAUCAGUUUUGUGAUCUUUUACAUCAAGAGAAAGACGCUCUUCAAGAACAUAUGGCUGAAGCGAGUUCGGGGGUUGUAGACGGAACAGUAGCGUGGAAACGAGUAAUCCAAGGUGUUCGAGAGAUGUGCGAUGUGUGUGAGACUACCUUAUUCAACUAUCAUUGGGCCUGCGGCAAAUGUGGUUUCGUCGUGUGCAUCGAUUGUUACAAGGGACGUAAAAAUGGAACGAUCAAGAUCUGGGGCGAGAGUGGAAAAGACAGGGACGAAUUCUCAUGGCUUCUAUGCACGAAUAGACAAGCGCACGAACCGGAACGGCUCAUGCUUACGCAAAUCAUCGCUGGAGACAGUCUUCUGCGGUUGGGCCAACGUCUACAUGAGUGUCGUACGGAAUGGGGAAUCGCUCAACAUUGUGCUUGUUCUCUCGUAACCUCGUCACAGCCCAACGAGAUCCUUCGAAAUUUAAUCAAGGGCGAUACCGUGCCUGUUCUUAAUGGAAAUGUAAAGCAGGAGGUGAAGGAAGAAAAGAAGGUAAAUGAAUCUAACGGUGCAUCGGACAGCAAGACCAACGGCGAAGAUAAAAACUCGCCAUUGAACUGGUUGGCGGAUGUAGCCUUACAGAAUCAGGAUAAAAAUGAGAGCGGCUCGAGUUCGGACUCGGACGAGGAUCGCGAGGGUAACUACUCGACAUUGCGUGAGUUGCUCAUCAGGCCGUCGCACAAAUCAAAUGGUAGCGGCGGAUCCAGAUCGAAUUCGCCAACGACCAACUCAGGCGGUAGUGUAAACACUAUCAACGUGGCCGGCAACAACGCUUCGCAAAAUAAUGUUACCAAGUCCGGCAAAAAAUCAAAGAUGGAUACGCUUGAUGAGGUAAUAUCUAGUGUGAUUGAACAUAGCGUGAAAAAGGAAAGAGGUAACGGUCUGGAUGAUGAGAAACCACGAGUGUUGAAGUAUUUUGUGCGACGCUACAAGUGGACGCAACGCGGCCGAGAGCCAUUACCAAUCAGAAUUAUGACAUUGACGGAGAGUAAGAGCCUCUAUCCGGAUGUUCCACACUCCUGGCUCUGCAAUGGCAAAUUAUUGAGGUUAAACGAUCCGAAUAAUCCCAACAACUACAGAAUAUUCCAGGAUCAAUGGAAGCGAGGACAGCCGGUAAUCGUAUCGGACGUUUCAAAGGCGCUGGACAUGAAUCUUUGGCAUCCGGAUUCGUUUGCCCGCGACUUUGGCGAUGAGAAGAAUGAUCUCAUUAACUGUAUGACCGGCAAUUUAGUGCCCAAUCAACCAAUGCGCAAGUUCUGGGAGGGAUUCGAGAACUUCUCCAAACGGCUAAAAGACGAACGAGGGAAUCCUAUGCUGUUGAAACUGAAGGAUUGGCCACCUGGCGAGGAUUUUGCUGAGUUACUGCCGUCGAGAUUCACAGAUUUAAUGAAGGUUCUUCCAUUAUCCGAAUAUACGCAUAGGAAUGGUAGACUUAAUCUGGCGAGUCGUCUGCCAAAUUGUUUUGUGAGACCGGAUCUGGGCCCGAAAAUGUACAAUGCUUAUGGUUCUGCUCUUCAUCCUAGCAAAGGUACGACAAACCUUCAUCUCGAUAUCUCGGACGCCGUGAAUGUCAUGGUAUACGUAGGAAUUCCGAAGGAUGCUGAUAGCGACGAACACAUUAAAGAAGCAUUGAAAGCAAUAGACGAAGCAGGCUGUGAUGUUCUGACGCGUCGACGGGCUCGUGAUCCUAACGAGGCACCCGGUGCAUUAUGGCAUAUUUAUGCAGCACGCGAUGCGGACAAAAUUCGAGAUCUUCUGAAUGCUGUUGCCUUAGAACGCGGAGCUCGUUUGGAACCGCAUCAUGAUCCCAUACAUGAUCAAAGUUGUUACCUGGAUGGAUCAUUGCGCGAACGAUUGUAUCGAGAAUACGGUGUCGAAGGAUACGCCAUCGUUCAAUGUCUAGGCGAUGCAGUGUUUGUCCCAGCCGGUGCACCGCAUCAAGUUCGUAAUCUUCACAACUGCAUAAAGGUAGCCGAGGAUUUUGUUUCGCCAGAAAAUGUUUCGCAUUGCUUCCACUUGACCCAAGAGUUUCGUGCAUUAUCGGACACGCAUACUAACCACGAAGACAAACUCCAGAUAAAGAACAUCAUUUAUCACGCCGUGAAGGAUUCUCUAACUGUCUUGGCCAACGUUAAAGAGGAAACUAUAACCAAGCUCGCCAAGGCCAACAAUGAGACAAAGAUAAAAGAAGAGACUUAGCCGUAAGUUCUUUGGUGCGAUCGUAAGAUCUUUUGACAAUUCCCUUGAUCGGGUCUCGUCGUGCGAGCGAGAUUAAUCGUAGCCGGCACUCCCAAACACAGCAAAGCUGACGAAAACGGGAGAAUUUGCAGAAGCGGAUCCGUCCUCGCCACUUAAAGAUCAUUGAGGAAGUGCGAGGAUUUGUUGUGAUAUAUACAUACAUACAUAUAUAAAUACAAAUAUAUAAUAAUGUUAAUAAAAUUUUUUUUUUAAUCUGGAAGAGUUAUUUGAGUUACGAUAUUGGUUGAGCCAAUGAACAUUAGUUAUUAUAUAUGUACAUUGUUUCAUUUGAAUUUUCUUAUAUACACAAAUUUUUUUUUUUCUUUUUUUUUGUUCUCCCACGUUUUCUCCCUUGAGAGAAAAGCUCGCGAACAUGAAGUUCGACGAGCUGUAUUAUGUGAGUAAAAAAAAAAAAAAUAAUCGUGAGCCGGAUUGCGCAUAAAUAAAACGCCGCGUCCAUUACUUGUGAUACCAGACGGACUUUGAAUCGUAUACAUUAUUUGUAAUUAAUUAUAUCGUGCCUGUAUCCAACACACACUGUCUAUAUUAUAUAAAUGUAGAUAAUUGUGAAAUACUGUGUAUGAAUUUUUGUGUAUGAAUUUUACUAGCAACUACCAGAGAGAGAGGGAGACAGGAAGAAAAAAAAAGGGGUUGUCUAGAAGUACCUUUGUGCAAUUAGAUGUCCGAUCACAUAUUAUUAUAUAGCUGGAUCAGAGCUAUAACUGUGGAUCCAUUUAAUCGUGUGCUCUGGUGAUCUGGUGCUUUCGGUAUUUGAUUAAAGUCCCGGCCAGAGAUAGCCGAUACGUAUUCGCGUUUAAAUCUCUUAUGUUCCACGCGAUAAGGGCAUAAGGAUAAAAACACUGCCUAAACUAAUCGGUUCAACGAUAAUGGAAGAGGGAAACCUUUUCACACAUUUAGUAAUUAAUUUGUAUCGUUCGCGUUCGACCUUCUUUAGAGGCAUAUUGUUUUCCAAUGGCGACAUAUGUAUCGGUUAUGUAAGCGGCGGGGUAUUGCUACAAGUUUGUGUGUCACUUUGAGUAGAAGACAUCAAAACGAGAGAAAGAAUACAAUAAUUUCUUCGAUAUUAACUUUUCGAGAUAUAAUGGCGGAUAUGUGAAACAGAUCGUUGAAUUGUAUGUUUUAUUGCUGUCGUGACCCAGUGACUACCCGGCGUGUAAUGUAAACGGGGAUAUUGAUAAGAUGAAUAUGUUAUUUUUGUCAAAGCGUAUACAAAUCGACAAAAGACAGCGAUAAGGUAAUUAUAUUGUAACGAUACGCUGAGAUGCUAAACAAAUAAGAAAACAUUUGCAGUAACAUUAAAAAAAAUAAAUAAAAAGGAUAACGACUUUUUGAAGUGCCAAUGUUGAACGACGUAGGACAUUUAAGUGUACGCGCGUUUGUGUAAGCGUAUAUGCGUAAGUAGAAAAAAGAAAAACAAGCAGCACAGUACAGAAAAGAAAAGAAAAAUAAUUAGUCAUACGAAAUUUGCAGAGAUGACAGGCCGAGUUUCUAUCAUUUCAAUAAUAAUAGUUUACGCGAAUGACACGAAAUAUUUCCGAUUAUUCGCAUUAUCAUUAACGAUUUGAAAAUUGCUGUCGUUUCUGUUUUAUUUCGCGGAAUUUGUUUUCUAGCGCGAAUGAAUCAUGAUGAGGGAACGUUUCCGAUAUAUUUGCGAUCAUAAUUUAUGUGACGUGAUAAUUAUAAUAAGACAGCAAUUCUCGGUUCGAGUAUAAUGUAUAUUGUCGAGAAUGCGCGAUUUACGCGCAUUGAUCGAUCAUCAAUUUAUUAUACAGCUGGUAUAAUUAACACGAGUGUGUAAACAAAAGGAAUGAACAGAAAAAAAAGAAAAGAAUAAAAAUAUAUCACUGGCAUCCUAAAAUCCGCAAGUUCUUUGAUCUCAACAUUCGUCUAGCAUACAACGACUUGAUUAAAUAAUAUUUAACGAAUAAAUUUUUAAAUAUCUUAGUGUCGAUAAGUAAUGAGAAUAUAAGAAUUGUGUAAACUACAAACAACAACAAAAGUACUAACUUCACAAUGGCAGUGUAUAAAGUUUUAGGAAGACGUAUUUCCGUGUAUUAUUGCUGCAGACGAGACGCUAUUGUUUGUUCUCUUGCUACGUGUAUGUACAUACAUUUAUAUAUAUAUAUACAUCAGUAUAUGUAUACAGAUAUAAAUACGAAAAAGAGGAAGGAAGAGUUUAGGACUUGUAAUGAUAAGGAAAUAUACACACACACACACACACACACAAUCUUUACGAAACACGAAAAAAAAUUACAUCUUAUACACACGCGUAGAUAGAUAGUUUAUUAUGCCAUUAUAUAAUUAUUAUAUAUUAUCAUAUUACGAUUAAUUAUUACGGAAAAUACGAUAUUUAAAUGUUGCUAAAUAUAUGCCGAAAGGAGUACGAGCACGAGCGCGCGAGUGUAAAUGGUCAAAAAAAAAAAAGAAGAAAAAAAAAGAAAUCGGAACAGAAAGAGUUAACGAUGCUUAAACGAGCGAGGAAAAGAGACAGAAUGAAUGUGCGCGGGUGAGAGAGUGAGAGUGAGAGGGAAGGAGGGAGGGAAAAAAGAAGAGGUUGCGUGUGCAUGUAUGAUGAUCCAGUGAAAAUGUGACAGAUUGAGAGAGCAUGGGGCCGUGCAUUGGGGGCGGAGUCGAAUGGAUAGUAUAACAAUGUACAGACCUUCAAAUCCUAUACGAGAUAUAUAUAUCCAUCCCCGAAAAAAGUUCCAUCUUACCUAUUUACCAUUUACCUAUACUACUUUUUCCUCCCUCCUAUCAAUCACCGGUCGCCCCCAGUCAUAGCAGUUAUGAACCGCGGGCCGGCAGGUCUGAGUAUAAUUUUUUGUACUGUGUAAAUGUAAGAACAUACGUUUGAAUAAGAAAAAUGUUUAUAUUACGAAA